GUCACCGUGCGUGAUCGCGUUUUUCUUCUGCUUCCUCGUCGCGAUGAUGGUAGAUUUUUAGUGCAAAGUGAAGUGUGAAGUGCAGAGUGUUGUUUGAAAAGUGAAAAACUUCGCAGGAAAAAGUUAUCGCCCUUCCCCCACACAAAGUGCGUGCACCAGUGCUUUUAUCCGUGAUUAAAUUGUGCAAAUCUGCGUUCAGUUUGCACAAUUUGGCUAGUAGUGCUGGCUGCGGAAUUCCAGAGAAAGACAAAAAUCGCAGCCCAGCAAAAACCAAAAUCAAAAGAAACAGACCAUCGACAUCGGGAGGUUUGGCUUUUCUCUUUGUGUUCGUCCGUCUGUUGGAGAUUGGGAAAACUUCCGACGAGUGGAAAUUUCAUUGUGUUCAUCAGCAAGAAUCGUUUCAGCAGAGUAGAGUGUGAUUAAAGCACACCGAUAAUUUUUCCAGUAGCACCGUAUUGUAACAGAUCCGAAAACGUCUAAUCAAAGAUCGAACCGUUGUGGGGGUAACGAAGCCGAGGGCAGCCAAAGACAGCAGAGCGUGUCACAUCGGCUUCGUUCCGAAGAGCGGGAGGCAGAGGGUUCGAGGAGAAGCACCGGAAGCAACGACGGCGACCCCAGAAGCAGCACCAGCAGUAGCAGUAAACAGCAGUAAUAAGCGUCCGAGCAGCAUGUCGUCCAGUUGUUGUGGGACGAAAAAGCAGAAGCUCAAUGGAAACUAUGCGAACGCUAACGGGCACUGCGCUGACGGAAACAAUGGCCGAGGUGGCUCCAAUGGUGGAAAGGGUACCAUGGUGAACGGCCACACCAAUGGUUACAUGACCAAUGGGCAUGCUUCUGCCGGCGGCGACGGAGGCCAAUCGAUGAUUGACUCCAUGCCGGAAAUGUGCUUUUACUGCUUUGAGGUGCUGCACCGGGAGUUGAACCAACUGGAGGAACCUCGUACACCGUCCUUCACCAAUGAACCAUUCCCACUGUUUGUCACUUGGAAGAUUGGGAAGGACAAGCGACUGCGCGGAUGUAUAGGGACAUUCAGCGCAAUGCGUCUACACUCAGGUCUUCGAGAAUACGCAAUAACAAGUGCUUUAAAGGAUUCGCGCUUCUCGCCGAUCACGCGAGACGAGAUCCAAAGACUGACCGUGUCGGUGUCGAUCCUGCAGGGCUUCGAGGAAGCCUGCGGCUAUUUGGACUGGACGCUCGGCGUGCACGGCAUCCGGAUAGAGUUCUACAACGAACGUGGUUCGAAGCGAACUGCCACCUACCUGCCGCAGGUUGCCACCGAGCAAGGUGAGUUUGGGGGCGGGGAUACUUGACAAAUGUCUCCAUAA